AUGCAUGCAUGGCAGGAAGACCCCAACAGUUUGCGCCAUAAAUACAACUUUAUUGCUGACGUGGUGGAGAAGAUCGCUCCUGCUGUGGUUCACAUUGAACUCUAUCGCAAGGAAAGCUGCCAGUCCUGCUGCUUGGUCGUUCCUCAGAGCUGCGGCCGGGAGAGUUUGUGGUAGCCAUCGGAAGCCCUUUUUCUCUUCAAAAUACGGUCACCACCGGGAUUGUCAGCACUACUCAACGAGGUGGCAAAGAGCUGGGGCUCCGAAACUCUGAUAUGGACUAUAUUCAGACAGAUGCCAUCAUCAAUUAUGGAAACUCUGGAGGCCCCUUAGUAAACUUGGAUGGCGAGGUGAUUGGAAUUAACACACUGAAGGUGACAGCAGGCAUCUCCUUUGCAAUUCCAUCGGACAAGAUAAAGAAAUUCCUGACAGAGUCCCAUGACCGACAGGCCAAAGGGAAAGCUGUCACCAAGAAGAAGUAUAUUGGUAUCCGAAUGAUGUCGCUCACAUCUAGCAAGGCCAAAGAGUUGAAGGACCGCCACCGAGACUUCCCAGACGUACUCUCUGGAGCGUAUAUCAUUGAAGUAAUUCCCGACACUCCGGCAGAAGCCGGAGGGCUCAAAGAAAAUGAUGUCAUCAUCAGCAUCAAUGGACAGUCAGUGGUCACUGCUAAUGAUGUCAGUGAUGUCAUUAAAAAGGAAAACACCCUGAACAUGGUUGUCCGCAGGGGCAAUGAAGACAUUAUGCUUACAGUUAUUCCUGAAGAAAUCGACCCAUAGGCAGAGGCAGGAACCUGACUUCAUGUUUUCCUCAAAAUUCUCCAGUAGAUGACACAUGAGAACUCUGAGCUGGUGACACAGGACAUCCAGGACUUUUGUCUGACAUUUUGCUUGUUCAGGGAACACCCCUGCCGACAGAAUCCUUUUUGAUAGUCUGCGGGUAAAACAAAUGCAAUGUUGCAGGUGCAUGGGCGGAGGCCCCACCCUCUGUAUGCUAUGUAUGCAGCGCGCUUUUUCUUACAAGCUUGGGCUCUUCCUGCUUAAACAGUCAACAUUUGUCUCUUCCCUUAGCCCAAGUUGUCCAACUAAUGCAGUUGAUUGGAUGCAUAGAUAAGAGGAAGGUCCUCACAGUCAUGGUCUUGGACGUGUUUACACUUUCCUCCAACUCGGCGCCCAGAGGAAGUUGAUGCCCUGAGACCAUAGGUGGGUGACCCUGGCUUCUGAGAUGGCCAAAGAUGCCUCUUAGGAAUCCUGGAACCAGGAGCACAAUGACUUUGAGUUUCAGCUAUUAAAGUACUUCUUCAUACUUGGA